AGAUUUAGUGGUCAAUUAUAACAAAAAACGUGGAGGAGACUUGGACCCCCAUAGUAGUAAACGUAUUUUGGGGUCGAAAGAAAUGGUACUCAAUAGCUGCAGGAGCCAAAUCGACCAGCCCACCAAAAAAGCAUUAUAAAUUGGUUGUAAGUUAUAUAUGCUUAUACAUCUUGUUUUAAGAAACGCGACCUAAACGAACGUGAGGAAAAUAGGUAAAGUUAUGCAGCAUCGGCCAGAUAGUUUGUUUUCGUGGUUCGUUUGCGUUUGCGCCUCUUUGUGUCAAGGACUGGACCUUGGUUUUGCAGUUAGCUAUGGAGUGUUGCUUCCUGAAGUUAUGGACGAGUUUGGGGAAAGCCGGCAAAAAACUGUUUGGGUCGGAUCUAUUGCAUUUGGAUUGACCUUUUUCCUCGGUCCGCUGGCGUCGUUUCUCUGUCAAAUGAUUGGAUGUCGCUUCCCUGCCAUGCUUGGAUGUUUUCUGUGUGGUACAAGCUUUUUGCUAACUGCACAUGCGACCAGUCUUCAGUGGAUGUUUUCCACAUAUGGCUGUUUGUAUGGUUUGGGUUCUUCGUUACUGUUUUCAUCUUACCUUCUCAUAACAGCAAAGAACUUUUGUAAAUGGCGGUUUCUCGCAGUAGGGAUCGUUUCAGUCGGGGGCAGCAUUGGAGUCCUAAUUCUGGGCCCAGUGCUACAGCUCCUGAUAGACAAUGUAGGCUGGAGAGGAACAUACAUGAUGAUGAGUAUACCCUUUUUUGUGAUGGCGUUUAUUUGUGGUGCUACAUUUAGUGAUCCUAUUGUCAAUUUUUCGAGAGCCGAAGAGUCUACCAUAUCUCUGAUGGAAAUAGAUACAUUAAAGAAAGAUACUGAAAUUUCAGUAAUUGAUAGACAUCGAGAGGACGUCAAUUUAAAAACAGAAAGAGAUUACAUUAACGAGGAUUGCUAUAGAGUGGAGCAAAAGCUUAAUAGAACUAGAUCUCUGCAAGCAGUGGUAGUCAAAGCUAGCUACCUAAAGGAUAAGAACAAUAAGAAUCCAAAUAAGACAGGAAAAUUACGAAAGCUGUUGGACUUGUCUGUGUUCAAGGUUCCUUCUUACACUGUAGCGAUGAUAAGUCUUCUGUUGAUGAAUUUUGGACAUUAUGUACCUCAGCUAUACCUAGUAAAAUAUUGCCUCGAUCUCGGCAUUUCUGCUGAUUCAGCCUCCCAGCUUUUUAUUCUUCUUGGUUUAUCAUCCUCCGUUGCCCGCGUUAUAACUGGGAGACUGUGUGACGUAAAGUGGAUAAAUGUGAUUUAUAUUUACCAAUUUGGAGACCUGCUUAUCGGACUUGUUAUUAUUUCCCUCCUAUUAAUAAGAGGCUACACGGGACUUCAAGUUUUUUCCGUUUUUUACGGCGUUGGGGAUGGCAUCUUCACCACAACGAUGAACUCCCUCCUUGUGUUUAGUGUGGACGAGGAGCUCAGAGCAGCUGGAUUGGGCCUGGGUAAUAUGUUAUUGUCAUUGGGGAUAGUAGCCGGGCCUCCGGUUGCAGGACUCUUGGUGGAUAUGUCUGAUUGCUACACCUGGGCAUUUUUUAUGGCUGGUAUUGUGACACAAUUAGCUGGUCUGAUGCCGCUGGUUCUGUUCUUCUUUAAGAAAAAGAAAGACGAUGGCCCUAAGGGAUAUGAAAUCCGAGAAACGCGCUUGUGAUUGAACUCAAUGCUAGAAAUUUUUCCCGUGUGGUGGUUGUCAAAACGUAGGCAGGGAGAGGUAGGAUAAAGCCGAUCCCAAGGAGAAAUUUUCUGUGAAAUGUUGACAUAAUUUGUGAUUAAAUGUGCGUGAAAACUGCGCCCUCUGACUGACAGAGCUUUGUUAUGAAAUCAGGACCUUAGCCAGACUUCAUAACAAGACGAGGCAAGUUUCGAGCGCCGAAGGUGCGAGCCGCUCGGGGCUUGGGGGGGGGGUCUGUUUUGCAAUAUUUUGAAAUAUAGAGGCUCAGAAAUGCUCUUUUAAGCAUUUCCCGUGGCAUUUUUCUUCAGAAAAGUCAAUCUUGGGCGAAAAUCAAGACGAAGCAAUUGCCUCCUCUUGCCUCAUGCUAGCUAUGGCCCUGAAAAUACGCGCUUGAUUCGUGAAAAAGUGAGAAACAAGUUUCUUUAUCUUUUGCGUAUAAUGAUUUGGCCUAAACGUCCCGCUGUAACUUAAUCAAGCGUAUCUUAUUUACAAGAUGCAAUGAAUUGCAAGUGAUGGUUAAUAUUUAAUAAUAAGGGAGUACACUUUA